AUGAAGAAAUUACUUGGGUCCCUGAGGAAGAAGGAGCAGCCCUCGGGGUCUCGCUCGGAGGCCUCCUCGCUCGAUGGCGGCGCGGGCUGCGGGUACGGGCUGCGGCGCAAGGGCCUCAGCAAGCUGCACCGGGCGGCGGCCUGCGGGGACAUGAGGACGCUGAGCGCGCAAGUGAAGAAGCUCGACCUGAACCAGCUGGACAAGGCCCACAGAACACCUUUGCAUCUCGCCUGCGCCUAUGGAUCUACAAAUGCUGUUACUUUCUUGGUAGACAAGAAAUGUCAAUUAAAUCUCUGUGAUAAUGAUGGCAGAUCUCCGCUGAUAAAGGCUGUACAAUGUCAGGAGAUGUUUUGUGUCGGUUAUUUGCUGCAGCAUGAUGCAGACCCCAAUGUAGUGGAUUUAGACAGUAACACUGCCCUUCAUUUUGCUGCCUCUAAUUUUAGCAUCUCUAUAGCAGAAAAGCUACUUGAAUAUAACGCAAACAUUGAUGCACUGAACAAGGAUGGGAAUACACCUCUUAUGCUUGCUGUAGCAGGAAGUAAACAAGAAAUGGCAGAAUUUCUCCUUAAAAAAGGAGCAUCAGUACACAUUAAGGACAACUCAGGAAGUAUGGAGGAAUUCUUCCGGAUGUCAGAUGCUGAAUUUCAGAAGCUAAAAGUUCAAGAGUGA